UUCCAUUAAUAGUUGUGUUGGCUUUUUGCUCAUUGUAUGCAAUGUGUGCAAGUUGUGAAGAAGAAUUCUUAAUGGCACGUUGUGUUUAAACAUUCACGGUACAGAACGAUAUAGUACAAAAUGUACAAUACUUCUACACUAUAUUCCAUUUUCGCACCUUCUGCCAUCUUAAAUCAACAGAACGGAGACCGGCUACACGCUCGUGCGCCUUUAAGGCUGCUCACAACUAUGACCGACGGUAAAUUCGGACAAAUAAGGAGCUGUAGACAAGACUGACACUUUCUCUGAACCAAUAGGUGAAACACAACUUUGGAGUCGUGUCUCCAUCUGGACCAACCGGUGAUGACAAAGGGGGCGGGAUGUGAACGGGUGGGUAGCAACAGUUGCCCGGGUGAGGACGAAGCGCCAUAGCCACGGUAGUCCUGGCGACAAGAGCCCAGCAACAAGAAUCAACAACAACAGCCCGAUUCAUUGAAACGCUAAAAAAAAAUCAAACAUUGCGGUGGAAAAAUCACUCGGAUUAAAAGCGUUUCAGCCAGGCGAUCUCGAUGGCGACUCCAGCCUAUGUCGGGGAGCUGCAGCAGACCUCCCAGCCUCCAUCGGGCGCUGUAACCGCAACACCAGGCCAACCUGUUGUUGUCACGACUGCGGCACCUCAGCAGUACCUCUCAGAGCUGCAAAAUACCGUGACCUCUGUCUCGGCAUCGGCAACCUCUGGCCAGGUCACGCCCCCUCCUGCACAAACCCCGCCCACUCAAGCCCCGCCCACACAGACUCAGUAUGUCCCAUCUGAGAUGCAGAAUUCACCCACGCAGUCCAGCAAUGCCCAGAACACGCCGCAGUAUAUUGUGGUUACGGUUACAGAGGGCUCCAUCCAUUCAAGUGACUCGGUUUCGGAUUCCAGCCCUCCACCUGCAGUGGUACAGACCGGAGUUCCCACUCAGGUGGUGCAGCAGGUGCAGUCAGCCCAGCAGAGGUCUGUGGUCCAAGCCACAUCUCAGCCUACCAAGACUGAACAGGGCACACAAAUGAGCGUCACCAGCCUACAGCCUGUACACUUGACUCAGGAGCAGCUGCAGCAAGUACCCGUGCAGCACGUCUACACUAACCAGGUGCAGUAUGUAGAGGGAGGAGACACAAGCUACACUACCAGCACCAUACGUUCCGGCAGUUUUGUGUACACUGACAGUCCCUUGUACACUCAGACCAGUGGUGCUCAGUAUUAUGAAAGCACCAGUGUCAGUGUCUCCGCCUCCCAGGCUGCCUCUCCUGUGAAUACAGGCUUUGUGACGGGGACGGGGCAAAUUGUGACCAGUGCCACACCUGGCACAGGGGGUGGAGCCACAGCAGUAAUCGCAGUGUCAGGGACUGCCGCUAAUGGCUCCGGGGAUGGAGGAGGCGGGGCCAACGGGAGCAGUGGCAGCUACGUGAUCCAGGGAGGCUACAUGCUCAGCAGUGGCGGAGGCACCAGCAGCAGCAGCAGUGGAAACGGCCAGAGUUACUCACAAAAUGCUCGCGUCUCCCCGGCCACCCUGUCCUCUGGCCCUCAGGUGCAGUGGUUGUUGGAUAAUUAUGAGACGGCGGAGGGUGUGAGCCUACCGCGCUCUACUCUCUACUGCCACUACCUGCUGCACUGCCAGGAGCAGAAGCUGGAGCCCGUCAACGCCGCCUCAUUCGGAAAGCUCAUCCGCUCCGUCUUCAUGGGCCUGAGGACGAGGCGUCUGGGUACCCGAGGGAACUCAAAAUAUCACUACUAUGGGCUGAGGAUUAAAGCUAGCUCCUCUCUGCUCCGGCUAAUGGAGGACCAACAACACCUGGCAAUGAGGCAGCAGCCCUUCUCCCAAAAACAGAGGUUGAAGCCAGUACAGAAGAUGGAAGGAAUGACCAAUGGGAUGUCGUCAGGGGCGGGACAACAGCAGCAGCAACAGACUUCAGGGCUUUCUGACAUCAGUGCCCAGGUGCAGCAAUACCAACAGUUCCUGGAUGCGUCCCGUGCUCUCCCAGAGUUCCCUGAAAUUGACUUGCAGGGCAAGCCUUUGCCAGAGGGCAUUGAACUGGAACACAUUAAGAGCUUUCAGCUACUCUACAGAGAGCACUGCGAGGCCAUCCUGGACGUCAUGGUGAACCUGCAGUUCACACUGGUGGAGACACUGUGGAAAACGUUCUGGAGGUUUAGCGAGAGUCAGGCAGGAGACACGGCCACGCUGGCUGUUCAUGAUGAGUCAGAGAAGCGGCUACCCAAAUCAUGCCUGGUGCUGCUGUGCAAGUAUGAGCCGGCACUACGUUGGAGCCGUGACUGCGACAAUACGCUGUACCAGGGCCUGGUGGAGAUCCUCAUCCCAGACGUACUGAGACCCAUACCCAGUGCCUUAACUCAAGCCAUCCGGAACUUUGCCAAGAGUCUGGAGAGCUGGCUGACUAACGCCAUGAUGAACAUUCCCGAGGAGAUGGUCCGCAUCAAAGUGACAUGUGCAAAUGCAUUUGCGCAGACGCUGCGCAGGUACACCUCUUUGAACCACCUGGCCCAGGCUGCCCGUGCUGUGCUGCAGAACACUGCGCAGAUCAACCAGAUGCUCAGCGACCUCAACCGAGUCGACUUUGCAAACGUGCAGGAGCAGGCCUCUUGGGUAUGUAGGUGUGAAGACCGUGUGGUGCAGCGGUUAGAACAGGACUUUAAACUCACCCUGCAGCAGCAGAACUCACUGGAGCAGUGGGCUGCUUGGCUGGAUGGCGUUGUCUCCCAAGUCCUAAAGCCCUACCAGGCCAGUCCGGCCUUCCCCAAAGCUGCUAAACUCUUCCUGCUCAGAUGGAGCUUCUACAGCUCUAUGGUAAUCAGAGAUCUGACACUGCGCAGUGCAGCCAGUUUUGGUUCCUUUCAUCUCAUCCGCCUGCUGUAUGAUGAGUACAUGUACUACCUAAUAGAGCACAGAGUGGCCCAGGCCAAAGGGGAGACCCCUAUCGCGGUCAUGGGAGAGUUUGCCAGCCUUGGUCGCAGUCUUAACACAUUGGAUCCUGAUAAAGAAGAGGAGGAUGAGGAGGAAGAGGAGAGUGAUGAUGAGUGUCAGGAAUUGGCUCUGCCCGCUGACGGAGCUGCUCUCGGCGACGAAUCUUUGGAGCCACCUGUUAAGCUCGCCCGAACCGACCAGAGAGUGCUCUUUAGCAGCACAGAGAACUGAGAAACACACAUUCCACCACACACACACACACACACACACACACACGUUUGUUAUAUACACAUAGUAAAAAAACAUGCUGCAGUUCACAUAACUCUAUUGACAUAUACUUACUCACACACACACACACACAUACACACACACACACCUUUAAAGAAAUAAUUAAUGUUUUUUAAACCAAUCUCUAUCAAAUAAAUCUGUAGCUUAUGUUUGAUUACCACAGUCCUUGGCACAUUUCCUCGUACUGAGAAAAGAAGAGAGAUCCUCUUUACUUGAAACUCGCUUAUAAUGGUAGUCUCAGGGCAGAAAAAAAAUUUCAUGAAUUUGUAUACGCAUUUAAUAACUGCCCCAUAAACUACCCUUUGACCUCCAAUAUAAGUGACUUUGUGUUCUAAAAGUUGUUUAAGUUCUUUUAUCGAGGGGCAUGGUGGCUUAGUGGUUAGCAUGUUUGCACCUCUGCGGUUGGGGGUUUGAUUCCCACCUCCGCCCUGUGUGCGUGGAGUUUGCAUGUUCUCCCCAUACUUCGGAGUUUCCUCCGGGUACUCCGGUUUCCUCCCCUAGUCCAAACACAUGCACUGUAGGUUGAUUGGCAUCUCUAAAAUUGUCUGUAGUGUGUGCCCUGCGAUGGGCUGGAACCCUGUAUAGGGUGUCCCUCACUUUGUGUCCCUGGGAUAGGCUCCAGGCUCCCCCUGACCCUGUGUAGGAUAAGUGCUACAGAAAAUGGACGGAUGUUCUUUUAUCAGUACAGCAUUACAUGCCAAAAUGACUCUCUGUGGAAUCAAAUGUACGCUACUGACGUGUAGAUAUCCGACUGGAAAACUCUGGAGGGUUCCUCCUGGAGUGCGACACAAUCGCUGGCACGAUUUUAAUGUCACAGGGGCGUGAUACAGAGAUGUAUUAGAAUCCGGACUGAUAGUAAACAAACACACUUCAAUCCGAAAACAUGUGUCAGUCAGUCCAAACACAGCGGAGUCGAUUUUUUUUUUCUUCGCGCCUCCAUGCUGGCACUGCGUCUGCCCCACAGAGCUGUGUCAAAGAGAACAACAAAAGCAUGAACAAUGAGACACUGGAAAUUAGUUUGCGGAUGGACUGGAGUCAGAGCCAUGUGAGCUUCUGUCUAUCAAACUCCUGCAGCCCGUGAGGGUGAAAAUGGGUGGAAGUAGGUGCCAGCAGAAUGACUGUAAACACGUGCGUGUGUGUGUGUGUGUGCUGUGUAUUUCCUGCGGCAGCCCCGCUGUGUGUCGUCUGUGUGUUUGUGGGUGGACUGGGGCCUUCCUGCCGUGCUGAUUUGAGUGAACGUGGUGCUUUUCUGUGCGAGUGUGCGUGCGCACGCGUGUGUGUGUGUGUGUAUAUACGUGUGUAUGUUCUUAAGAAAUGAUAAUAGUUGUUUUUGUUGUUGGAUAUUUUCAUGCAUCCAUUCUCAUUUUUUUUUGGUCAUUCUCGUUGCCUUUAUUGUACACUACCGUGUGUUACAUACCCAGUUAAGAUUCAGUUUAAAACCUAAAGAGAGUUCACAUUCAUUUUAAUUCUCUUCAGUCCCUUUCUAUGAAUCCUGCCUUACGUUUUCUUUCCUUUCCUUUAAAAAAAAAGUUUUUAAUUUAAAUUUUACACUUGUCUUUUUGCACUUUUUUUGUUGUUUGGUUUUGGUGUACCAUUCCAGACUUGGUAUAGGAUUGAUAGUAUCUGUGUUGUCUAACUAGAGUCACAAAGUGAAGCCCUUCUCUGUGUUAGACUGGUGAUUUGCACUGUUUUGUGCACAGUUAAUGGUAUAUUAGUAUGUGUAUUCAACCCACUCCUUUUUUUUUCCUUUUAACAAAACUGCCUACACACUGUUUUACUCAGAGAAAGGGUGUGACAACAUCUAUUCAAUGCAAAGUGGGCAGGCAGUGAUGAAUAGAGAAGUGCAGUGCUGUUUUAGAAAAGCAUUGCUCUUUUCCUCCUAAUGCCUCGAUUUUACUUCCUGAGAUUUCCUCCUAACUCUCAGUAACUCAUUUAAAACUUUUUUCGAUUCUGUCCUUGCGGUGUAAUGAAAACUGCUUCACGAUAAAUUCGAAUCGGUCCCUCAUUCUUUGUGGGAUCUUACAAUCCAUCACCUCCAGAUCUCAGUUUUCUUCAGCUACAUGUUCAGCAUUAUUUAUUAGACUGUAUAUUUUGCGAGAUACCGAAGCAACAUUGGCUGCACUCGUGUUUACUUUAUCCUGAUAAACACAAACCAGCAUGUACUUUUCUUUCCCUCACAAACUUCUGAUACAAAGAUAAAAAGACAUAUCACAAGAUGUUCUGAAGAGCCUUUCAGUACUAUAGCCAUUUUCAUAAACUGCAAGAAUUUUCCCUUUUAAGGUCAUUUCAGUUUAUUUAAAAAAAAAGGAAAAAAAGAAGAUUAAAAAAAAAAAAAGAGUGACAGUGUUUUAUUAAUCUUCUAAACUAUGAGGAUGAUUGUGCCUUUGGAGUAAUCAAAUGGAAUUCAAAUGUUUUUAAUUUAAGAUAUGAAUAAAUUAAGAAUUUCUAAAACCGUGAA